ACCCUACCCCGGGGUCUCCUCCCUCCUCACUCCUCGGUCCAGUCCUCACCUCACCUUAUCCCCAAAACCCUAUCAGCCCAAAAUCCAAACCCACCUCUGCCCUUCCCAUGGCGGCCACGCUCUUCUCCACCUCCCUCUCGCCCCAGUUCCUCUCCCUCUCCGUCAAGCCCACUCCCGCCGCCCCGUCCGCCGCAGCAUUUUUCCCAUCGGGCCUGCCGCAGCUCCACGCGGUCUCCGCCGCCGCGGCGGGCUUCAGGCCGCUCGAGCCCGUGCGCGCGGCCGCGACCGCGGCCGUGACGGAGGAACUCGAAGCGGAGGGGCAGCCGGGCGGGGAGGAGGAGUUCUCGGAGGAUCUCAGGGUCUUCGUUGGCAACCUUCCCUUCAGCGUCGACAGCGCCCAGCUCGCGGGACUUUUCGAGCAGGCCGGCUCCGUCGAGAUGGUCGAGGUCAUCUAUGACAAGUUGACCGGAAGAAGCCGUGGAUUCGGAUUUGUGACCAUGUCUUCAGUCCAAGAAGUUGAGGCGGCUGUUGAGCAAUUCAAUGGCUAUGUACUUGAUGGAAGAAGUUUGAGGGUGAAUUCUGGGCCACCACCACCCAGGGAUCCAUCCUCACAAAGAGGACCCAGGGGUGAUGCCAACAGGGUCUACGUGGGCAACCUUUCCUGGGGUGUUGACAAUUCAGCUCUCGCAAACCUGUUCAGUGAGCAAGGUGAGGUCCUGGAAGCGAGGAUUGUAUAUGACAGGGAGAGUGGAAGGUCAAGGGGUUUUGGUUUCGUCACGUAUGGUUCCGCUGAAGAGGUUGAGAAUGCGAUAUCGAACCUUGAUGGCUCCGACUUGGAUGGCAGACAGAUCCGUGUCACGGUAGCAGAGUCGAAGCCACCUAGGCGGCAAUUCUGAAAUUCCAGUUGAGAUGUUCUUAGGCGUACCGGUUGCCCCAGCUCUGGAUUAUAGUACCGCCGUUGCUGGAUUUCUAGCUGUCGGAUGUCCACCACAUGGUUGCAAAGAUUGGCUUGGCGAUGAGAUAUGCAUAUUGAAAUUAUAGAGUCCUCAUAUAUAUGGCUCUUUAUUUAUAUAUAUCGACAACAACAGAUGCUGGUAACAGACGUCCCUCGUUGGCCCUUGCUCUUU